ACUACUCGUCCUGUUACCCGCUGAUUGGUCGGUGACAUGUGGGCUGCUAGCUGAUCACAAUAUUGUCUGUCACGUAAUACGGUCCGAAAUUGUUAUUAUUUCUAGUGUCUAAUCCCUACCGUUCGGCACUGCUUUGAAAUCUAGUCCUACCGCAUGCAAAAUUUGCGCUUUAGCUCUUUCCGCUGCCGAACAUGUCGUCUAUGGAAUUUGACCCCGAAUUGGAACCCUCCCUUCAAAACGUCAUUGAUCAAAAAUCACUGAAAUGGAUUUUCGUCGGAGGAAAAGGCGGUGUCGGAAAGACAACAUGCAGUUGUAGUUUAGCAGUGCAAUUAUCUAAAGUACGAUCAAGUGUACUGAUAAUAUCUACCGACCCAGCUCACAACAUAUCUGAUGCAUUUGAUCAGAAAUUCUCGAAGGUACCCACUAAGGUGAACGGCUUUGACAACUUAUUUGCUAUGGAAGUAGAUCCUAACAUUGGCUUCAACGAACUUCCUGAAGAGUACUUUGAGAACAGUGACAGUGAAGCUAUGGCAAUGAGUAAAGAAGUGAUGCAAGAAGUCAUUAGUUCCUUCCCUGGGAUUGAUGAAGCCAUGAGUUACACUGAGGUCAUGAAACUUGUGAAGGGCAUGAAUUUUUCGGUAGUUGUCUUUGACACAGCCCCCACUGGGCACACUUUGCGCCUCCUCUCGUUCCCUCAAGUUGUUGAGAAGGGACUGGGAAAACUGCUCCGUUUAAAAAUGAAGAUCAGCCCCUUCAUUUCUCAGCUGAGCGCUCUGAUGGGAAUGAACAGCUUCAAUGCUGAUAGUCUUUCCAAAAAGCUGGAAGAGAUGAUGUCAGUGAUACAGCAGGUCAAUGAGCAGUUCCGGGACCCUGAGCAAACAACAUUUGUGUGUGUGUGCAUAGCAGAAUUUUUAUCACUGUAUGAAACGGAAAGAUUAGUCCAAGAGCUCACAAAAUGUGGUAUUGAUACCCAUAAUAUUAUUGUGAAUCAACUGCUGUUCUUACCAAAGAAUGAGCAACCAUGUCGCAUGUGUUCUGCAAGGUACAAAGUUCAACAGAAAUAUCUCGACCAGAUAAAUGACCUUUACGAGGAUUUCCAUGUCACCAAACUGCCCUUGCUGGAUCAUGAAGUUAGGGGAGCAACUAAUGUGAAAGAGUUUUCUCAAAACCUAACCAAACCAUACAAGCCAGUAUAACAACCGUCUUGUCUUUAAAUGAAUUGUGAUGUUCUGCCUUGGUAAUGAAUUUUGAAACAUAUAUACUUUUUGAUGCAUUAUUGGACCAUCGUAAUCUGUAUUGAAAACGUGCAAUGCUAGUGGUACUAUUUAAUGAGGUAUAUCCAUGAACUUGAUGAACUGUGUAAGUGAUAUGAUUAUUAUUAUUUAUCAACUUAAUAAGAAACUACUUUAAUCGCAUAUAGUAUCAAUGCUGUAGUUUUUAACUAAUUUUUGUUAUAAUUCUCAUCUUUAACACUAUUUGAGGUGAUAAUAAUAUUUUCAUGUUGUUGGACUGCCCUGUUCACCUUUGCUGCGGGUUCCCACUUCUGUGUUAUAAAAAUUACGCACCAUCUGUCAAAAAUUUGUUGUCUUAGAAACUAUGUUAUAUGCUUGCUCAUUCACUUGAAUUAAAUUCCACAGAGGUGUGCUUUUUUUGCUGAAUGUAAUUUUGGUAAGGUCAGAGGCAAUAAACUUUUUAUAUAUGUUUA